UGGAUUGUAAAGAGCAAUGAGGAGGGAAGAGAGAUGCUCAUCAUCGAGGCCAGCUUGCAAGUCCGCGGCAUGCGGAGAUGCCAAGAUCAGUUUACGCCCGAAUAGGAAUGGGGUCUGUAAUUUUCACUGACGCGAGGCGUAAUCUCGCACGCAAGUUUCGCGCAGUCCUGACCUGACAAGAUGAAAUAUUACGGUAAUCUACGUCUGGCUGCGUUGAAACUUUCAACGUUCUCCACGGAGAAACGUUGUUGCCGGCUUGCUCGAUUUCUCCCGCUCGCCGGAGAUUCAACACCGCAGACUGUAUAGCAGAGAACCCGAAUCACUGCGCGCAAUCGGUCACAAUGGUUUUCAUUCUCGGUGUCAACUUCCCCGAGCGGAACCUUGUCAAGAAAUCGCUCCAAGCCUUCUUCGGUAUCGGAAACCAGACCUCGUCGCAGCUCCUUGCCCGGUUCCAUAUCCACCCGACAUGCAAGGUCAGCGAACUGGCCAACAAACAGGUCCUUGAUCUCACGGCUGCUCUGUCCGACAUGAAAAUCGAGAACGACCUCCGGCGAAACAUCCUCGACAAUAUCAAGCGGUUGAAGGAGAGCGGCACAUACCGUGGUAGACGCCACGCGCUGGGAUUGCCGGUUCGGGGACAGAGGACAAGAUGCCAGAUCAAAAACGCUGUCAAGCUGAACCGCAUGGAGAGAAGACUGUGAAACUGCUGGACAGUCUUUGAUGGCUGGUCGAGCCUUGUAUCGUUUUUGGCUGUGAGAGGCAUGAAUCGGCGUUUAUCGUUUAUCUCUAUUUCUUGUACUUGGAUACUUGGAUCCCUCAGAUCUCAUGAUGUGUAUUAUAUUUGACAAUGAAAAGCAAAAAAGGUC